GAGAAGGCACUGCAGCGACACAGAUAAUAACAAACACGCAUAAUUCUCAGAGCGCGCGCGAGUGAGUGUCAGUAAAAAUAUGUCAGAUGCAUUUAACAGAUAUUAGAUCAAAUGUAUCAAUGUAUGCAUAGCUGUAAACAAAAACGAGUGUGUGUGUGUUCGGACUAGACACACUGAGGCGAGCCUUUGCAAAGCGUUCACUGCUGUUUCAUUAUCGGCAGUUAUCGAGGGUCUGUCUCUGCUGGAUCUAGGAGUCUCGCCAUACUCAGGAGAUGUGUUCCAUGAAACCCCAUUGAUUAUUUAUCUCUUUCACUUCGUUGUUGAUUAUUCCGAGUUCGUUUUCAUGAUAGCAGAUGCAGUAACUGCUGUGGCGUUGUACUGGGUAGUCCAGGACUAUAACAAAACGGUGUUCAGAAAACAGAAGUAUGCUUUGGAAGCCGAUCGCUACCCCCACGAUGUCAUCGAGCUCAUCAGAACACCCAAGGAAAUGUUUUACAUUCCACUCAAAGUAGCGCUGUUCUAUUUACUGAACCCCUUCACUGUUCUGUCGUGUGUGGCGAAGUCAACUUGUGGUCUUAAUAAUGCCGUCAUUGCACUCUUCAUGCUAUCUACAGUAAAAGGCAGCUCCUUCCUCAGUGCGGUAUUCCUGUCCUUGGCUACGUACCAGUCGAUCUACCCUCUUACUCUCUUUGCACCAGCGUUGCUCUUCCUGCUGCAGCGGCUGUACAUCCCAGUGAACGUGCGCAGCCCCAGUUUCUGGCUCUUCACCCUCCAGUUCGGGGUGAUGUACCUGGGUAGCCUGUUAGUCAUUACCUGCCUCUCCUUCUUCCUGCUCGGCUCCUGGGACUACAUCUUUUCUGUGUACGGCUUCAUCCUGUCGGUUCCAGACCUGACCCCCAACAUCGGUCUCUUCUGGUACUUCUUCGCAGAGAUGUUUGAGCACUUCAGGCUCUUCUUCCUCUGUGUGUUCCAGAUCAACGUCUUCUUUUACACCAUCCCGCUGGCUGUCAAGUUAAAGGAGCAUCCCAUCUUCUUGAUGUUCAUGCAGAUUGCAGUCAUUUCCAUCUUCAAAUCCUACCCCACUGUGGGUGACAUCUCUCUCUACAUGGCCUUCCUCCCCAUGUGGAGCCACCUGUACAGAUUCCUGCGGAAUAUCUUCGUGGUGUCCUGUGUGCUGAUCGCCUGCUCGGUGCUCUUUCCAGUCCUCUGGCACCUCUGGAUCUAUGCUGGCAGUGCCAACUCCAACUUCUACUACUCCAUCACCCUGGUCUUCAAUGUGGGGCAGAUCCUGCUGGUGUCCGAUUACUUCUACGCCUAUCUGCGGCAGGAACACCACCUGACACAUGGACUGUACUUGAGGAAGAAGGACGGUACCGAGGCCACCCUGAUUCUGAAAUAACCCUCUGCACACACCGGGGAGACUCGCAUUCUUCAGCUCCUUUUUUGUUUGUCUCUUUUUUUUAAUUGAGGUUUAAAGAUUUUUUGUGCAUGGAAAUAUCAGUGCUGUCAAAACAAGCAAAUUCCUGAGUGAUGCUGAAGAGCUGUUCUGUUCAUUUCCAGGUGGACAGUAUUAAAAACAAAGCUGUGCUGUGGGACCUCUCUGAGGCUGAUGAGCUGGGGCGGGGGUAUUUUGUUCAGCAGUAAGGCAGCUCUCUAUCGUAAGAUCAGACUGAUCCGAUCAUUCAAGCUUCAGCACUGCGUAAAGAGCUGCUGUAAUUCGAGCUUCAACAAGCAGGUGUCGCCAAAGAUGAAUGUGUAGGUGGAUGCAGUGGGAAAGGAAUACUGAAAGCUUUCACUGAGAAGCACAGAUCUAGAAUUCAAGGAGGAUUUGUUCUAUUGGUUUAUUUCCCUGAGCUGUAAAAGAUCUGAAAAAAUUAAUCUGGUUAGGGUUAUUAUUAUUACAGUAUUAUUAUUUUUCCAACUGCAUGGUGAAGAAUCCUAAGCUUGCACAGAAUGUUAAGUCUAAAAGGCUUCUGGAUUUAGAUAUUAAGGAUAUUUGCACCACAGUUGUAGAAUGUUCCCAGCUUAAAACUAAACCAACGGCUGGCGUUGGACCAUUUUGUAGCUGGGUGCAAGACCAGAAGAUGUUCUCACCCCUGGCUGAGCCAGACAGACAGGAGCUCUGUACACUGCUAACAUAUUGGUUCAGUGCCCUCGAGAACAAGGACUCAGUACAGUCUGUAUACAUUACUGUCCAGGUUCUGAAUCAUUGCUUUUUAUGUUGUUCUGAAGCGUGUAGGGUGGCCCAAGGCAUUACUGGUUCCACAAGCCCUUGAACAAACCUGUUCAUCGAUCCUGCAGAUUGGAUUGGAUUAUUUAAACGAUCGCUAUUUGGAACCGGGUUCAGUUAUUGUUCAUAUGUACUGACUCUUUCUGUCCCUAUUUUUUGCUGUUCAUUUUGGUACAAAGGUCCACUGGUUUUUAAAUAUUUAUAUAUUCAGGACUUUGAGAUAUGAAAAAAAUAAAUGUAAAAUUGAAUGUUGUGUUCUAUUGAUUUCUUCCCAUUUUGAAAAUAAGCGUUUUGCCAAAGCCCUGCUGCAUGACAAUGUAAAUGAAAAGGGUUACAAGCGUACACCUCUGUGAAUUCUACAGUGUGCUGACAUGAACAAGAAAUCUUACUCUCUAACAGGUCAUUAUAAAAAUAAUACAAACUGAUGCUAAUGUACUGCCCUGCUGUCUUUGUGCAAAGCAAACACUUUUUAGUAAGAUUAACCAAGCCUUCACAAUGCAAUCAGAAGAGGUCCAGAAUCAAAAGUUUUGAAAAACAGUCUGUAUUGAUCAAGGCUGCCUUGCAUGAACAUGGUGAAGGGGGUAAAACUUAUUUUGUUUUACGAUUUCUGUGUUAUUCCUCCAAAGCUAUAGUGGCUUACAUGUGUGACAUUCAGUGCCUGUAGAAAGGGAGCUCAUCAGAAAUUGGUCAGUAAUUUAACAUAUUUUUCCCCCUGUAUAGCACCUUCAUAUGCAACGCAGACAUGCCCCCCAAUUCACUUAAUUGCUAUAGGCUUUGCAUGUAGCCCUAUGUGACCUAUUAGCUACUGUGUCCAAUCCGGACUUGGCUGCAGUCUAUCCUUCAAUCUGCUUAGAGUUUAAGCACUUACUGAAUUACCUGGCCAAUCAGCUGAUACUUUUCAUCACAAUGAAAGAAAGACCCAAAGCCAAUGUGUAAGAUUUAACUUAACUUUGUGUAAUAUUAUACAUAGUUAUAACUCUUGUUUAAACACCCCCAGCUCCUGCCCCCCACAUACAUCAUUUUUUUUGGUUCAAAAAUAAAAGGAAUACAAAUCCAAAAAAAUACAAUAAGAUAACAAAACUAAAAAUAAAAUCAUUUCAGUUGGCCCUCUUUCACAGGGUCAAAACCGCAUCCAAUGUAUAUCAAAAGAAACCUUUCAUUCAGCACUCAAAAACACCAGCAACGAAUACAAAGAGAAAGCAAGGUUACACAAGCAUGCUGAUUAUACACAUUAAAACAGUACUUGGUUCCUAAAGUUCUAGUUUUUUUUUUUUUUUUAAGUGCAAAAAAAGCUUGUUUAUUCCUACAUAGAGCGGAUUACAAUAAUUAUGAGAUACACACUAUUAUCCACAGCUUCUAAAUUGACUCCUCACACACACACACACACACUGUGUAGCACAGAGGGCUGGCUGUACUUGAAUGAAAGGUGUUGUGGUGAAUCUGUUUUGGACCAAAAGCUUUACCUUGGUUAAGCAUGAGUGAAAAGGAGAACAAUGCAAGCAACUUCUCACUCUUUUCUGCAGACAAAAGUCUCCCCAGACAUAAAUAACAACAACCCUACUGCGUGAUCUCCUGCAGUAGCCUUCCCUUGUACCAAAGCUGGGGAAACAAGCUAAGAUUUAGUGGCCACUAUACUGGCUAGAUUCUGGACCGCAGCACUGACAUGGACUGAACUAAAUCUGACUAAUGUGAAUCUGCCUGUCCCAGAUCAGUGAGGAGGGGCUCACGGGAAGAGGCAAGGUUAGCGCUGGCGCUGAUAUUUUGGGGUCUCAUGGACUUGUUGAGUUCAAGGCUACAAUUUGACCGGUAGUACUGGGAUUAAACUCUUGGAUUAAAAAAAAAAA